GCCUCGAUGGGAGUGGUUGCUACUCCAGCUCGGAGUACAGUAGCGAGGACGAAGAUUUUGCGGAGCCGGCGUUGUCGAUGGAGCAGAGGCUGAAGAUGGCGCGAAUUUGGUUGGCCAACCCUAGCACCGCCCAUCAGUGGACUCAUGGCAUCGGUGGUGUUCUUUUGUAUGAUGACAUUUUGGAUGUUAGGUUCUAUUUUGAUGCUUCAGAAAUGUUUGAGUUGAAGCUCUGUAGUUCAGAUGUAACAUACCUGAAUAUGAUUGCAGUGAUGGAAACCCAAGGAUUUAGUGAGGCUUUGUUGGAUCAACAUCAAUUCAGAGAGGCUUUGUUGAACCUACACAUCACUCAAGAAAGAAACUUCAGAUAUCAUAGGAACUCAGAUCAAAGAAUAAUUGUAGAAUGCAACCAAAAAAAUUGCAACUUCUUUAUGGUGGCAACAGUUAUAAAAGGUGAAACUACUUUUGUAAUUAAGAAGAUGAGAAUUAAGCACACUUGCCCUACUAGUACAGAGACAACAAGGGUAAGUGCCAAGUGGCUUGCACAGAAGUAUGAGUCACUGUUCAGAUCUGAUCUAACAACUGGCAUUCAGACUUUGAUUGAUGCUUGCAUGGAGAAGUAUGGUGUGGAUGUGCCCAAGUCAAUGGCAUAUAGAGCAAAGAACAUAGCUAUUGAUGCUGUGCUAGGAGACCACAAGAAGCAAUACCCUAGGUUGAAAGACUAUGCUCAGACAGUGAUGGAUACAAACCCUGGGAGUAGAGUAGUAGUCAUUACUGUAACUUCAACACCCACUGAAAAAAUCCCCCAUCCAGGUCCAAGAUUCCAUGCUAUGUUCUAUUGCAUCAAUGGAGCAAGGGAGGGGUUUCUCAAGGGGUGCAGACCAUUCAUUGGUGUUGAUGGGUGCUUCAUUAAGUUAACUACUGGUGCUCAACUACUUGCUGCCACUGGUAGAGAUGGCAACAACAAUAUAUACCCACUAGCAUUUGGUAUUGUUGGGCAAGAGGACACACCUAACUGGUGUUGGUUUCUACACCAACUUAAAAUCUGCCUAGGAGGAGAAGAGGGACAGUUUGGUCCAUAUACAAUAAUGUCAGAUAGACAAAAGGGCCUACUAAAUGCAGUGAAUGCUGUCUUUCCUAAGUGCAACCAAAGGUUCUGCCUUAGGCAUAUCUAUGCAAACUUCCAAAAUGCUGGGUUUAGGGGGGAAGAUCUGAAGAAGUGUAUGGAUAAUGCUGCCUAUGCAUAUAGUGAACACAAAUUUAACAUUGCAAUGAAUGACCUUAGAGCUGAAUGUCAGGAAGCUUGGGAGUGGCUUUGUCAAAUACCCAAGAAAACAUGGCAAGGCAUGCAUUUGACACAAACUGCAAGACUGACCUUGUAGUUAACAAUUUGUCUGAGGUGUUCAACAAGUAUGUCCUAGAUGUUAGGAAGAAACCAAUUAGGACAAUGUGUGAUGGAAUAAAGGAAAAACAGAUGAUGAGGUGGCAUAGGAAUAGGGAGAGUGCAAAGACAGCUAGAUGGGACAUAACACCCCAUUAUAGUGAGAAGCUAGAGGUUGAGAAGGAGAGGGCCAAAUAUUGCAAACCAAUUCAAGCCGGUGUGAACUUGUGGCAGGUUACAAGUGGGCAGCAAACCCAUGCUGUUGACUUGCAAGUGCACACAUGUGGGUGCAGAAAAUGGGACCUCAGUGGCAUCCCAUGUAACCAUGCCAUCUCAGCAAUCAACAAGGGCAAAAGAAAACCAGAGGAUUAUGUCAGCAAGUUCUUCAAGAAAGAAUUUUAUGUGGCAGCUUAUGAACCAAUGAUCUAUCCAGUUCCUGGUGAGCAUGACUGGACAAAGACCCCUGGUCCAGACAUUGACCCACCUGCAUUUAAAGUGAAGAGAGGAAGAAAGAAAGAGAAGAGGAUCAAGGGGAAAUUUGAAGUUCCAAAGCCUAAGGACACAUCAAGAAUGGGGACUAUAACAUGUAGCAAUUGUGGACUGCAAGGACAUAGGUACACAAGCUGCCUCAAGCAGUUGAAGCCUGAGCUGGCUUUGAGGAAGAACAAACAUGUGCCUCUUGCAAGGAAUUCCAAUGGUGGUGGUGCUGCUACUACACCAGCAACAACAACCUCUCAUGCAGCUCCUACAACAACACCAACAGCUGGGAGAGGAGCUGGGAGAGGAGCUGGGAGAGGAGCUAGGAGAGGAGCUGGGAGAGGUGCUGCAGCAGCUCAAGCUGCUGGAAGAGGUGCUGUGAGAGGUGCUGCACCAGGUGCUGCAAGAGGUGUUGGGAGAGGGAGAGGUGCAUUCUCUGCCCCAAGACAAUCUGGUCCCUCCACAUCUACUGCUCCCUCCACAUCUGUUGCUGGGAGAGGUGCUGGUGGUAGACAUACUGGAUGGGGGAGGUACUUCUAUGCAAGUGGUAACUAGAUACUUCAUGUGGUGGUGUACAAUGUCAUCUUUGCUUUGGUGGUGUACUUUAAGAAUCAAUGCCAUAUAUGGCUUUUGUUGAUGUGGAUGCAACUUAUGAGUGAA